AUGUCAAUCAACUCAUCACACAUCUCAGUGCAAGUUGGACCAUUUUACGAGGGAGAAGGAGCAUGGAGUUUAGGUUUGAAGGCUCUUAUCAAUAAGCAGGCUGCAACAUAACAAUUGGAAUAGCUACAAAAAUAAACAGGUGGAAAUUUGGAUACAGAAUGGGGAUUUGUGUUGGCCUUGAAGACAAUAGACGGUAAGGCUCAGGAGUUGUAGAAAUUCCUCAAUGAGAAAUUCAAUCCGAUUCUUGAGGAGGAAAACAUUAUUAUGAAGACUCACAGUGAAGGAACAGCUUUGUGGUUGUCAUUUUAAUUGAAACCCGAAGAGAUGGAAGAAAUCAAGGAAGGAUUCAACAUGGUCUUUGCUCAAGGUUUAGAAGAAUUUGCUGAGAAGAAUGAGAAUUCAAUAUAAAUGUUGUUGUCAUCCAAUACUGAUUUCACAUUUGCUAGUGAACUUCUUAAGAAGGGUGAUAGACUGAUGUCGGUUGUUAUGAAGAGUCUCAAAUUCGUUCUGAAAUUGGAUCUUGCUUAAGAUUUGGCAUAAACCAUCAAAAAUGUACUUGAGAAUCUUGAGCCAGAUGCUGCCAAUGAACCUCCAAUGAGUUUGUUUCUUAAAUUCAAGAAUUUCAAAGUGGAUUUGGAAUUCAAGAGUUCAGAUGACUGUCCUGAAUUCAUUAGAUAGAAUGGAUUCUUCGGAAAGAAGAUUCAAAAAUGGAUUCAAGAUGGAGAUGCAGCUAUACAAGAUGAAUAGGGAAUAGCAAUCCUAAAACAAAUUCAAGAGAACUUGCCAAAUAUGGAAAUUGAUUUCUAUUUUACAAUUCCCAAUUUCUUGGCUGUCAGUGGAAAUGCUAAAUUGCCAGGAGUUGCUCAAUUCUUAUUGGAGUAUGGAAACAUCGUAGACAAACUGUGAUAUCAUUAAGAUAUUUCAUUGUUAAAAUAUAAACAAUAUUCGUA